UUCUACAGAAAUCCGAAGAUCAUAGUCCAAGCACGAGCUGAGUGUUGAAUUGAAGCAACGAAAAUGGCGAAGCGCCUAAUCCCAACCUUCAACCGGGUCCUCGUCGAGAAGCUCGUCCCUCCCUCCAAGACCACCGCCGGGAUCCUCCUCCCUGAAAAAUCUUCUAAGCUGAACUCCGGGAAAGUGGUGGCGGUGGGGCCGGGAACGCGAGACAAGUUGGGGAGUCUGAUUCCGGUGGCCGUCAAGGAAGGAGACACCGUUCUCUUGCCGGAGUACGGCGGCACCGAUGUCAAGCUCGGCGAUAAAGAGUAUCACUUGUACCGGGAUGAUGACAUUUUGGGUACUCUCCAUGAUUGAAUUGGCUUCAAAUUUGUGGUUUAAUCUUCGGAAGAUUUUGUAGCUGUGUCGGGUUUUCUUAGUUUUAGAUUCCUGAAUCAUGUAGCUGAUUAAUGAUGGCAUUCUUGCCAGUUACUUUACUUGGAUUGGAUGCUAGUUAUGCCAAAUGGAACGACAUUUUUGCCACAUA